AAUGAAAGAUACUCCAAAGAAACUCAGCUUAAGGAAGUUCCUCCUCAAGAAGAAAAGAAUGAAGAAUCUGUGGUUGACCAAGCAGUAGACUCUGUUGAAACAAUUGAAAAUGAGAAGGAAACAAAAAGUGAUGAUUCGAAAAUGAAACAUCAAAGAGAUCAAGUGAAGAAUUCUCAAAAGUCAACAUCCCUCUCAAUGUACAUUAUCUUAUCUCUUAUGGUUGCAGUAAUGGGCUAUUUAGUCAACCAACAAAUGAUAAUCAAUCAAUACAACAAGAAUCUCGAGAGUAAAUUAGCCAAACUUGAAAAUCCUCAAUUAGAAUUCAAAAUGGUUUCCAAAGUAGGCCUUGGUGAUAUAUUCGUUGAGUGUCCAGCAAGUUUCACCCUUCUUUCUUGUGGAAUCAAUCACUCUGAUAAUGGACACAACACAGGUCAUCGACCAUUCUCCACCACUGGAUGUGUUUGUUCUCAAAAUGCAGACGAAACAAACCUUCACCUUAAAUACACUUGUUUCGCUUACUGCAUGAAAAAUCCAUCACUCUAUCAAUCCAAAACAAAACCUUAUCCAUUAAGCAUUGAAUAAUAAUAAAACAUAAUGUUCUUUGU